AUGGCGCUAGCCUUUCAGCGAGAUCCUGUAGAAGGGAAUCCAAAGACAGAAUGGCUUAGCCAAUUCACUGGCCAAUUCGACAAAUAUCGACCACCAAUACCCGUAAUGGCGCAAGCCUUUGAGCGAGAUUCUGUAGAAGGUGAUCAAUUGCAGCUGACAUCCAUGAGGAUUGAUUCAAAAACUUCGUCCACCCAACGUCCACUUCGUCCACCUCCACCCGCCCCUGUAGUACCUCGUUCACCUCCACGCGUCCCUGUAGUACUUCGUCCACCCAACAUCAAGCAAAGUAAAAAAUUUCCGGAAGAUGAUCCACAGGAUAUGCCUUUCACCCCGUCAGUUGCACAAUAUCAAGACCUCGACCAACCACAGCCACAUCAACCGCACCAACUCCCACCACCUUCUGAUGGCUUCGACUUGAGCAUUUACAGAUGGAAUAUGAAUCUUGAGAUGAAUCAGCCCGAGAACGUUGAUUGCUUUGCCGUUCAGUCCGUGAAUCCGGAUCUCGAUCAACGACCACCCGAGGCUUUCAAUACAGCGUACCCUGAACAUUUUCAAGGAUCCGAUCAAUUCGGUUUUGAACCGUAUCCAAUGGGAGGAAGCCAAGAAGACCUUCAGGAUCCGGAUCAACCAGGUCCAUCUCAUCGUUACCACAUUCCACAAGCACCAACGUUUUCCGACUUCAUCUACGAGGUCUUU